GCCAGUCUGCGUGGUUGACUGGGGAGAAUCGUGCUGGUUCGAGGCAGCGGUGCUUUCCGGCCGGCCGCCCCUAGCCGGGCUCGGCCGGGCGUCUGCGCCUCGGGGUGGAGGCCCUCGCCACCCCUGGCCUCCCCCAGCAACAAGAGGUCAGGGGCGCUGUGUUCCUGGCCCAGGGCCUGAGCCGUGCACACAGUGGGACGCCACCACUAGGGGUGUGGAGCCACAGAGGAGUGGGGAGCCCUCAGCUUCCAGAAGCCUUCUCCCAGGAUCAGUAUGGAAAAAUCUGCGGGCAGGAAAAGGAGGACCCCAGCCUCGAAGGUGGAGGCAGAUGGACAGAAGGCCACUCUCAAAGGAGAGAAAGUGUCUGGUGGCACGAGGUCAAACAAGAAGCCUGCGGCACCCAGAGAGCAUCGCAAGGAGCUGAGUCUGAGCCCGGAGGAUGAGGCGCAGCUCUUUGAUGCCUUCGAUGCCUCAUUUAAAGAUGACUUCGAGGGCGUCCCCGUGUUCGUUCCUUUUCAGAGGAAGAAACCCUAUGAAUGCAGUGAAUGCGGACGAAUCUUUAAGCACAAGACAGAUCACAUUCGCCAUCAGAGAGUUCACACUGGGGAGAAGCCCUUUAAGUGUGAUCAGUGUGGCAAAACGUUCCGGCACAGCUCUGACGUCACGAAACAUCAACGGAUUCACACUGGUGAGAAGCCUUUUAAGUGUGGGGAGUGUGGGAAAGCCUUCAACUGUGGCUCCAACCUCCUGAAACACCAGAAAACACACACAGGAGAGAAGCCAUAUGAAUGCCAAGAGUGUGGGAAAGCCUUUGCAUACAGCUCCUGUCUUAUCCGGCACCGGAAACGCCACCCACGGAAGAAGCAUUGAGUGGGGCGUGGCCUGCAGGUCGCAGAGUUCCUGCCAUGGCACCAGGGCUCCCUCGUUCAGCAUCUGAUGAGGCCUGGGGCUCCUGUGCAGUGUGCUGGGUGUGCCUCUGGUUGCCCAUCCCUGUCAUCACCAGAAAAGCCCACCCAUCAGACAUGAGUGGGCAAGGGCCUUUCUGCCUCAGGGAGCCUCUGCAUCGAGAUGCAGUGAAGGCAUGGAAGCCCCUCGCAGCUCCUUGCAGCUACAGCCAUUCUCCAGUUACUCUGUGCUGCUCAGUGCUCAGCACAGAACAAACGGGCAUGUUAAGUGCCAUCCAUGGGACACCUGAAGGCACCCAGCAGGAGUGACACUUGUUGGUGAAGGCCAGCGGUUCCUGUAUGGUCCUGCCUGUGGGUCACUCUCCUCUGACCCUUUCUUUCACUAACACCUUGAAGACUUCCAUCUGUGGAUGCUUAGUCCCAGGAGCUCUGCAGGCACCUGGGACCCCAAGCUGGAGAACAAUGGUCUGCGGCCAGCUCUGGCUUCUUUACCUGGGCUAGAGCUCCAGGCCCCAAGUUCAGCCCCUGCCCCUGGAACUGAGCCACAUCUGUGCCCUCCCGGCCUAGCCACCAUCCCAGAUGGGCAACCUGACUCACCCAGACAGACCCAUCAGACAGGGGCUCCUCAGGCUCUUGAAUGCUGCCACCUUGAGAGAUUCCUGCCCUGGCCAUGUGGUAAGCCCCCAGGGUGCUACCUGCAGCUUCCAUCCACUUGGCCUUCAGACAUAGUGGUGGCCCUGCCCCCAUGGUGGCCCUCCACUCAGGUUAGUUCCAGCUCCCUGCCUCUCCCCAAGUCUUUCAAGUCCACAUGGCUGUGUGGGCCCUUGGUGUCCCAAGAGUGAUUUUGAUGGGGCUCUGUUCUCUUAGUGGCAGCAGAGCAGUGCCAACCGAGAGGCAGGACAGCUUUUCAUCGGGAGAAUGCUGGCACCCAUGUUUUCAACUAGAUAUAAAAACUGAUAAUAUCCUAAUGGAGUCCUUUGAAGACUCUGCCCUGAAAGGUUCCCAGCUAGAGCUGAAGAUCAGGCAGUCACAAAAACCAAGGAAGGGAUACCACCCCAAAUGAUUGAGAGUGGUCCAUUCCCAGUAGGAAUGUUUUACCAGGUUAACAGCUUUUGUUCUUGAGUCCCCUAACAGCUAUGACACUCAGUGCCACUGUGUGGCCAGCAUCCCCUGAGGCAUCACAGGCAUUGCCAUCUUUGCAGAGUGGCCUGCCAUUCUGAACAUGCUUCCAGCCCCUGUGCUCAGUUCUACUUGCAGAGUGCUGUGCAGUAUACACAAAGCAUACUUCUUCCUGCUGGUGCAUGCUGGCUGCCCUGGCUUGAGGACACCUGGGGCUGGCGUGUGGCCAGCAACUGCCCCAUGCAGAGGGUGCGUGACUCCCCGGCUCUUGAGCCAGUUUUCUGAAGGUUCACGCUGAAGUCACUAGCACCAGCCUCCCUCUGCUUUACACACACAUACUAGCUUAAAAAUUCACCUAAAUCAACUGGGCACAGUAGCAUGUGCCUUUAAACCCAGCUACUCAGGAGGCUGCAGCAGGAAGAGCACAAGUCGAGGCCAGCCUGGGCAACCUAGUGAGACCCUGUCUCACAGUUAAAAGGGCUAGAGUGUAGCUCCGGUGUAGAGCACCCCUGUGUUCAAUCCCCAUUGCCACUCUCCAAAAAAAAAAAAUCCACCUACAUUCCAAAACCGAGUGAAAGCCUGCCGUAGGAGUUUGGCUUAUGGCCCAGUUGAUCUGUGAUGGCAGGUCCUGGCACUCAGUCUGUCACCUGCCCGUGGUCAGCUUUUGGCCCACAGGACAGCACCUCACAGACCUCUGGAAUGGUCUCUGAGGCCAGGCUCCCUGGGGCUUCGUCCAGCUCACUGCUCUUGGCCUGGGGUGCCGGGCAACUGUGGCCACCUGGACAGCUCCUGGUGAUGCAGGGGACCUUGGCUGGUACUACCCCUAUGAGGCAGAGGAUUCCAGGUGAAGAGCCUCCUACCCUGGGACCUCCUCACCAGUUGUUCCCAGGGGCCGUCCUGCCCAGGCUUGAUCACCUCAGUCCUGAGAGGAAGCCUGUAGUCUCAGAAGUGGAGAUCUGAUGAAAUGGAAUUAUAGGAAAGCAGGUGUCGAAGUUGGUGUAGGAGACGUGUGUGCUCACACAUGCGGCAUGAGGUCCUCGAUUGGGAGAGUGCCCACAUUGCUGGGAUGUUUGAAACCACCAGGUGACAAAGCGGUGCCUGCUCCCUAGCCCACCUCUUAGUCACUAAAGAUAGGAGGUUUUCAGGGGCUCAGCAUCAUUUCAGGUGUCUGCAGCUUACGUUCAGAUGUUGAACAAAAAACAAUGCCAACAAUGUGUGUUCAUACCGAGCUGCAGAGCAGAUUGACCAGUGUUGGUUCUGAGUGACUAGAUCAGGGGUUGGCACGUGUCUCCUAUGAAAGGCCAGAGAGCAAGCGUUCCUGCCUUUGCAGGCUCACAGUCUGUAUCAUGGCACCUCAGUCACUGUGUAGUGCAGCAGCAGUAGAGAUGGCAUGGAGCAGAUGAGCAAGACUGCCAGCCAGACCCUGUAGAAAAGGUCAUGGUUGUCUUCUGCCUAUCUGUGGUACAGGGUUAGGGUAUUCAGACCACAGAAAGCUUGCGGGCUUGUUCUUUGCAAACUUUCUAUGGGUCUUUUAAGUCCUUCAGAACUAGAUGUUGGCCAUGAAAGGCUGGCCAGGAAGUCAGGAGACUUGGGUACAGGUCAUACACAGGAGCCAGAGGGUGGCAGGGAGCUGCUUACACUGUGCCCUCUGCUGCUUGCUAUGCCAGGAGUAUAGUGGCCUUAGACCUCCAUAGCAGCCAGGGGACUCCCACAUGUCCCCGCUGGCAUCUGUGUUUGGUUUGAUUUCUUUUUUUCUCUUUUGGUCCUGGGGAUUGAACCCUGGGUGUUCUACCACUGAGCUACCUCCCCAGCCCUUUUUAUUUUAUUUUGAGACAGAGUCUCACUAAGUUGCCCAGGCUGAACUUGGACUUGAACUUGUGAUCCUCCUGCCUCAGCCUCCCAGGCAGUAGUGGGAUUAUACACAUGUGCCACCAUGCCCAGCUGCUUUGUGAUUCAUUUGAAUUCUUGUAUUUUUUCAAUGAUUUCUCCCUCCUGUUAUUGGCAAGCAUGACUUUUUUAAUGAGUGCCUUAUGAUCUGUUGACUAGGAAGGUCAGAGCUGACUUAACCAUUUCCUAACCUGGGCACACAGAUUUUUGCUUACAUUGUUAUAAAUAAUUUCAUGAGAAAAAGAAAAUAAAAACUAAGACAAGAAAAGCGA